UAGAGGUUAUGUUUGUAAAGUUUGUUGAUGUAUGUAGUGUGAUCGUGAUGUAACCACGUGUGUUUCUACUAAUUAUAUACUUAUUUAUCAUAAUUAUACAUAGUGAAAUCUCUUCUGUAACAUUUUGUUUCCUCAUGGUGUUUUGACAAGUCCAUCAAUAUGGCUGUCACAUCACUGGCUCAACAACUGAGCAGACUUCGAGUCCCUCAGACAUCCCAGCUUGUAGACAAGAAGAAGAAAACUUCGUUUCUAUUUCAAUCAAGGGAAGCCGCAGAUAUUGAUAGGGAUACUUUCUAUUCCAUUGGUAUUGAUGGUUUGAGUGAGCUUAUAAGUAUCAACAGGAAUGCCUUUGAGCAUUUUGCCAACUCUUUGUUUGAUGUCUCUUCAAAGAACUUUGUUCGAUCCAUCGAAAACACAGAGACAAAUGAAAAACUCAAUGAAGAAAUCAAGUCAUUUCUAAUAAACUGUUCUCCAUACUUCCUGUUGAAGCCAACAGCCCAAGCACUAGAAUGGAUGAUUUCAAGGUACCAAGUGAAUGAAUACAACAUCGACACUCUUCUUAUGUUGGCGUUGCCUUACUACGAAACAAAACUGUUUCCUCGUCUACUGCAAGUGCUCCGCUUGAAGACGCUGCCAUCGUGGGCUUGGCUGCAGCCAGUCAAGAGAGAAGGCAUUCCACUUUCGAAGACUGCCCUCUUCAACAGAGCAUCCACCGAUAUGGGCUUCUUCAAGUUUGUCUUGAGCAUGCCUAAAACUGCUAUACAGUAUUACUUGGGCAAACCCGAACAAUUGUCUAACCUGUUUGCAUUCUUCUGUACGACAACCAUUGGCGCCCUGAAUCAAUCAGUGAAAGUGACUGAACUACAAGUGACUCAUCUGCUACCGGCCAUUAAAAGUGGACUGCAGUCCAAAGUGAAUGACUUCACGGCAUCUGUGUAUAUGAUUGUCAGCUUCCUUUUGUCCAAAACUCGACUCAGCGAAAUGGUUGUAACAGAGUUCCUCUUCAGAGUAAUCAAGGUAUUCUCAAAACAAAGAUUGGUGAACGAAUCCAUUUUGCUGAUGACACUUUUGUGCCAAUGCAACGCGCAGAUCAGUCACGACUCGUUGGCGAUUGCGUGCAAGGUUGAGAAGCAACUGAUGUCUGCUCUCACCGACACGGCCAGUCGAGGCAUCUGCGUAUUCCCCAUCAUCCGCGCCAUUUUCAAUUGCUAUUUGGCACUCAAGUGUAAAAAGAAAACAUCGGACAUCAGAUCUGAAUGUGAAAAGCUUCUCGUAAAAAUUUUGAAUGAUAUCAAAUUCAGCAAGGAAGAAGCAGAAGAGGUAUUCAGGAUGUUCAUAAACAAAUGCAAGAUGAGGAAUGAAAAGCAGAACACAAUGGUGGAGUUCCUGGUUGUGCAGCUGAAGACACUGGAGAGACAGUACCCGGACGCAUUCGACAGCAUUGUGUCGGACCCCAAGUACUCGAACACGGCCAAAGCGCUGUUCAGCCUGACGCCGGCCUACAUGGGCCAGAUGAGUCUCUUCAACGACCUGCGCAAUCCCAAUCCGGCCGUGCGCGCCAACGCUGUCAAGUCGGUUCAACAAAGCUUCGAACCGCGAGAGUCGACCUGGUUGAGCGAAGUAAUCUUGGAACGCCUAACAGAUGAGAACCCGCUUGUGGUGACUGCUGUUCUCAAGCUGGACACAGACUUCCUCGUCAAACUGUUGUCACCCGAGCGAUUCAUACAACACCUCAUGGAGGCCGCCACCAAAGUCUGGCAGGAAAACUCAUCCAAGUGGAGGAAAGUUGCUCCGCGACUGCUGAAACAGUUCUGCAAUGCCUUGGAACAGGCAACAGAGUUCAGGACUGAAAGGAACGUGCUGUUGACUUUUGUGCCUUACCUCCUAUCGGGAAAUUUUGCAGCUGCGAAAAUUCUACAAGAGAAUUCACUGCUGAGUGAUCACAUACCUUUUCUGAAAAGUCUGAAGAAAAAGUUGAAAAGCAUGGAAAACAGUGACGAGGAGAGGAUAGUGUCAUCUGUGUGGGAAGUAUUGCAGGAUCAAUCAUCUCUGCCAUCACUGGAUGCCACUCUGCAAUUCCAAAAUCUGAAAGUUCAUGUUGAAAAAUCACUGACAAUACUGAUGGCUGCUUCUGCUGUUGAGGCUAAAAUCGACCCCACCAAGAGCAUUCGAGUACUCGAUUGGUUGUGGGCAUUGAUCAAAGAUGACAAGAUUUCUCACUCAAAACAUCAUGUUUCCAAAGAUAACAUUGGCAAAAUAAUGUUGGUGCACAAUCUCAUUGUGAAGCUCUUGGAACGGACCGAGUUGGAAGUGCCUCAUGACUGUCAAGGCUGGUACAAAUUCGACAAUCCUUCACAACAAUUUCUGCUCGACAUUUUCAAAAUCUGUUCUCAAAUCCACAAGUCAAUGAGGGAUAAGUAUCUGAAGGAAUUCAAUCAUGUCACCAAACAGCUAUUCCAGACCCGUCUAACCAAAAAAGAAUACGGAAAACUCGUUUGUAGCAUGAUAAUGGAGAGCAAAGAUGUUUCUGAGUUCUGCCUGCUAUUGUUGCAUGAUCAGUUGAAGAAUGAGUCUGCUGACAACAGCAAAUCAGGUGGCUUAUGGUCGGUCGAACUGAGUCCAUCCAACCUGCUUGUGCCGGUCCUGCUCAUCACUCUCUCGUCAUCGACCGCUGAAAUAAGAGAGCAGGCAUUCAACAUGAUCAAACAAAUCAACUCUCACUGUGAUGGAAAAGCAACACCCUACUCACGUUUCCUGAAACAGCUGGAAUCCUGGCAGGAGGAAAUGACAGUGGAUUGCGAGCAGCUGUUGAUAGCACUGUACAUGCUGUUGUCUCCCGAUCCUUGCGUCGAAGUCAAUCUGCAGGAAAGCAUGAGACAGGACAUGCGGAAAGUGAGAGAGCUGCUGUUCAGCAUGAUCACUGACCCUUCCACUCCGUUGGCAGUCACCUCUUCCCUGCUGAGUGUCCUUUCUCACGUGUCUUCCACGCAGAUAAUGGCAAAACUCUUACCGAUCGGAAUCAAGAUUUUCGACAAGCAUUCUGCAAACACCAGCGAAGUGCUCAAUGCAAAUGAGAAUGCUAUUCUCACGUGCAUUCUGGAGAGGAUUGAAAGAAGUAUAGUGUCCGUUUUUGAAGCCGGAGAAAGUUGGGAGUUUGUUGAGAAAUGCCUCACGAUGGGAAAGAAUGGAUUGGAUGCACCUCCAGUUAUUUUCUUGAAUAAGAUCACUCGUGAGUUGUUCGACGAGUUACCUGUAACUGCAAAAACAAAACUCAUCAAUCAGGUUGUGAAAAUCAUCACAGAAAUGGAAGUGAGCGAAGUGCACUCUGCAGCGAGUGCAAUGAUGAAGAGAAUAUCGAUAGAUGCGGCAACAAUACUGAACAUCGUGCACGCUAUGCGAGACGCGCAGGUCCCGGUCACACCAGGCCAGAGGGCCAAGAAGAAGUGGAGCCAAACUCCCAACUACACGUUGCUGGGCGUUGACGACUGGAAACGGGGAGUGUGUCUUCUGGAGUUGAUUCAAAACAAAAAGAAACUGACUGACAGCUAUCGUUUGAUUGCUCCUUUAUUCGAGAUUUUGAAAGUUUGCCUGCAGUUUGAAGAACAGGGCCCUGUUGAGUACACCAAACAACUGCUGCUUUCAACUAUACUGUUGUGUUUGAGGAAGUCUGCAGAUGAUGAUAAAUUGAAAUUGCUGCCUCCGAGCGCCGUGCCAGUGGAAUCGGUUGUUGACUGUAUUCGAGUGUCUCAAAACCCGCAGACUCACCACCACGCACUGUCUGUGUUGUCGUUGGUGGCCGGGUUGAAGCCAGACCAGGUUCUGCACAACGUGAUGCCAGUUUUCACGUUCAUGGGAUCGUCGGUGAUUCGGUUGGACGACGCCUACAGUUUCCAGGUGACGCUGAAGACGGUCGAAACAAUCAUUCCGAUACUGGUGCAGAGUGUGGAGACGGGUGUGGCCAACAGGGACCAGAUCAAGGAGGUGCUGCAGGUGUUUGCGGCUGCUGUGCUGGAUAUCCCCGAGCACCGGCGGCUGGCUCUCAUCCACAAACUGUUGACCACGCUGGACGCGGAUGGUGGCUACCUGUGGCUGUUCAUCUGUCAGGUGCUGGCCAGCAGUGUCCUCGAACCAGAGCCUAGACCACCCAACAGUGCUGAACUCUCCCAAAGAAAAAUGAAAACUCUGCAAGACCUGUGCCUCGAAUUUCCCCCCUCCGCAAUACUGCAAUCCAUGUACUCAAUCAUGAAACAUGUCACUUCCCUUCCACAUGACAAAGAAAACGCCAAGAAAUCCAUCAACGAAAGAUUCAAAGAAAAACCAGUGGAAGAUUCCUCCACCCCGAUGGAAACCUGCGAUUCCAACGAUACGGACAGUAUAAUGGUGUUUGAUGUGGAAAGAAACAGCGGAAAACAACUGAGACACUACAAGUACAACCUGCUCAACUUCAUCUCAGGGCUAUUCUCAGCUGAGCAGUUCGUCAGCAUGAUGGUGAUCCACAACAACAGAACGACCAACGACGACGAGAGAGAGAGCUUGCUGUUGUGCUUCCAGCAGCUGGUGGAGGGAAUCCUCGGCUACAUGAAGGAUGUGUCCUCGCAGGUUGAUCUCACUGUCAACCAGCCGUCGGCCAAAUACUGGAAAGCAAUGUUGAACUUGAUCUACGACCUUCUGAGCAAGACCAACGCGCUGCUGCCCAGUGAAAUGUUCCUGGAAGUGGUAGGCAGCCUUCUGCCACACAAAAUUCCAAAGAUGAGACGCCGGGUGAUGGAGUUGUUGAACUGGCAACUGCAGAGCUCCAUUCCACUCGCACCCGAAGGUCUCAGGUCUCUGCUUCCCACUCUUUUGACAAUCGUUCGAGAUAGGAAGGCGUUCAUUUCACAGGAAAUCCUUCUCAACCGACAGACUGCUCUCAUUUCCGUAAAACUACUGGCUAGGAAAAUCGCUUCAGUUUAUCCGGAUGAUUUCCAGGAGGCCCUGGAGCUGAUGACGAAGCUGGUGCAGGAGGGCGUGAAGUGCGAGUCGAGCGAGGAGAUGGCGGUGACGGCAUGCGCCAUUUUGUGUGUGGCCGAGCUGCUGUCCUGCCUCGGCCUCAAGGCCAUCGCGCAGCUGCCUCGCUUCAUGCCGGCCCUCAUCGGCAUCCUCGCAGCCACCUCGGCCACUCCCAAUGUGCCCGAGUUCCUCCUCACAAGUGUCAUCACCACCUUGCUCAAGAUAUUGGAGUAUCAUUCGAAUUUCAUCAGUCCUUACCUCUCUGAUAUCCUGAUGGAAUUAGCGCUGAUAUCGGCCAAGUUUGAAAAACAGACUGAUACAAAGUCUGAUGUCAUCAACUUGAAAAUGAACUCCGUUCUAACGAACAUCUCAGAGAAAGUUCCGAUGCGUAUAAUAGUGCCAGCAAUCACGGCCAGCUACUCGGAUCUGCUGGAGAAGGGCGAACUGACCGCCCUGCCAGUGGUGCUGUCGGUGCUCAGCAGCUCGUCGCAGCCCCAGCACCACCUCAAGGGCAACAUCCAGUCGUUCCUGCUCAAGGCACUCGCCUUCCGCGACGAGCACCCGCGGGCGGCCGCCGACACUCAGCUGGCCGUCGAGAAGGCCACCGUGCAGUGUGUCAUCGCGCAUGUGCUCAAACUCAACGAAAAGGAGUUCCACGGCUUCUGCAGGGAGGUUGUCACGCGAUCCACCACUCCGUUGAAGAUGAUCUCCUUGUUCAAGGUUCUCCAGACAUUAUCGGAGACUCUCAAGAGCCUAUUUUUGCCUUUCUCAAAAGAAUUCCAAGCUAAAGCGAUCGAUGCCUUGAACCUUAAAAAGAUUGGAGACCAGAGGAGAAGUGCUGAGCUACUGGAGGCAACAAUAGGCUACUUACUAAAUGUUUUCAGAUACGACAACGAGCGCUCAGUCACAGAGACUCAUCUCAACGCUUUGAUGGCUCCUCUUGUCAAUCUGCUGGAGAAUGAAGUCUGCAUUAAACACAACCUGUUUGACAAUCUCCUAAUCCCUUGUCUGGCGAAUCUCGCAAAAUGUUUGAGUGAUGAUUCGCUUUGGAAGAAGUUCAACUAUGAAAUUCUUCUUAAAACACAACAUGAGAAUGCCAAGGUGCGUCUAGGUGCAGUGAAGGCAGUGUGCGAGGUAGCCAAGAAACUGGGAGACUCCUACUUACCGCUGCUGCCCGAGAGCAUUCCCUUCCUGGCAGAACUGCUCGAAGACGAGGAGGAAGAGGUGGAGCGAACAUGUCGCUCCGUCGUCCAGGACAUGGAAGCUGUCCUCGGAGAACAGAUCAGCAAAUACUUCUCCAAAUGAACAAUUUAUUUUCGAAUUUAGUUUUUAAUAAAGUAAUUAUUUACUAAGUU